AUGCCGCAUUUGGAAUCGGUUGUACAUCAUUCGCAACCAGUUCCAGACCAUCCAGAAACAGUUAUACAUCACUUAGAUUCGAUGCGACAUCAUUCAGGACCAGUUUCACGGCAUUUGGAAUCACUAUCAUCAAAUCAAUUAUUAUAUCAAACGGAAGGGAUCACAGCAAAAACCGAAGUAGAAGUGCUUCCAGAAACUUUGGUAUCGUCUUCAAGUGUUUCCGCGCCACGAUUGGAGGACAUGGUAUCAGCUCAGCAUUAUUCGAAUUCAUGCCCAGAAGCACGACAUGGUUCAACAUCUGCCGCACAGUGCUCCUCGUUUCCUUCAAAACACGUAGUGUUGCUUCCAUUUUCUCAGCAUGUUCCAUCACAUCCGCAGUACCCAGUAUCUCGUCAAGAGCAUUCAGCCUCAGUUUCUCAAUCACUGAUGCCAACUACACAAUAUUUUGCUUUAAAUCAACAGUACCCGGAAUCAGCUAGACAUUAUCCAACACCAAGUCAACAAAGUAUGGGAUCGGCUUCAUACUAUCCGCUUUUAGGCCAACAGUACUUUGAAUCAGCUUAUCCAGUAUCAAAUCAACAAGAUCCAGUAUCAGCUCCAGAUUCGCCGUUACCAUUCUCACGAUAUUCACAAUCAAAUCAACAGUAUUCGGUUCCAGAUCGCGAAGUAACGAUGCAAGCUCCCCAACAUCUUGUGGCAUUAAACCCACAACAUCCAGUACCAAUACCGCAAUAUUCGGGAGCAGUUCCGCAGCACUCCGAAUCAUUUCCACGAUAUCUAAUAUCAGAUGAGAUGAGACCAGCUCGGAUAGAUUCAGCUCCAGUUUCUGAAUAUUCGUCAUCUAAUUCCGAUAACGAUCCCAUGUCAGUUACGAAGUACUCAGAUUCUAAUCCCGAGAAUUCAGAGUCAUCUUCAAGUGAUUUGAUGCUCGAUCCGAAUCCUCAUAAUCAAGUAUCAGAUUCUCAAUAUUCGCAAUCAUAUUCACAGUAUCCGAUAUAUAACCUGCAACACCCAAUAUCAGGUUUGCAAUACCCUACACAGAAUCUGCAACACCCAAUAUCAGCUUUACAAUACCCCGCACAGAAUUUGCAACACCCCAUAUCACAUACAGGACAUUCGGUACCACCUUCGCAUUAUUUAGUGCCAGAUCAAAUGACACCAUCACAAAUGCAUCUAAAUUUAGAGAAUUACAAAUUACAAGAUUCAGCAUCACGUUUCGAGCAUUCCGUAUCAGCUUCACAAAUCUCUAAAACAAAUCAACAGUAUCCAACGUUCGCUUCCCAAUCAUCGGUAUCAUUUUCACAAAACCCUGUAUCAAAUUGUCAAUAUUCAGGACCAGGUUUACAAAAUCCAGCACCACGCCCAAGAUAUGCAGAAAUAGUACCACAAUAUUCUGCUUAUCAUUGGGAAUCAACUCCACAACCCCAAGUGUCCAAUCCAAUGAUACCGACAGAAAAUGAACCAGAUUCAGCGAAUUCGAUAUCAGCUUUAGUAAACUCAGAAUCAUCCCCAACAUUUCCCUAUGCAGUACUUCAACGGCCAUAUCGGAUUAUAUCAAACCCAUUUCCGUUGCACGGAUCAACCUUGACGGAUCCAGAACCAGUACCUUUCACAAUUCCGGAAUUAUCCUCUGUACACACAGGACCAGCUCCCCCAGUCUCAGCUCAAAAUGCCCAGGAAUUAUUUUCAAUGUGUAUAGAGCCAGCUCAGAUGAACAAUGAAACAUCUUCAUCAAAUUCAAAUGAUAGCAACAUAAGAUGUUCAUCUUAUAAAUGCCCAUACUGCAACAAAAAUUUUAAAAUGUCCUACAAAUUAAAAGCGUACGUUUAUCUAUCAUGA